AUGACUGUUCCUCCCGAUGUUGUCGAGAAGAUUGAAGCUGGAUACAAAAAGUUGCAGGAGGCGCCGGAGUGCAAGUCUCUUCUCAAGAAGUACUUCACUAAAGAAGUUAUGGACCAAUGUAAAGGGCUCAAAACUAAACUUGGUGCGAACUUGCUUGAUGUGAUCCAGUCUGGGGUUGCGAAUCUUGAUAGCGGUGUUGGUGUUUAUGCGCCUGAUGCUGAGUCCUAUACUCUCUUCAAACCGCUUUUUGACCCGAUUAUUCAAGACUACCACAAUGGAUUUGGACCUAACCAGAAGCAGCCUCAAACUGAUUUGGGUGAAGGAAAGACUCAGCUUUUGCCUGAUCUGGAUCCUGAGGGUAAAUUCAUCAACUCGACGCGUGUUCGUUGUGGCCGUUCUCUUCAAGGAUAUCCAUUCAAUCCAUGCUUAACCAAGGAAAACUAUACAGAAAUGCAGGACAAGGUUAAGGGUGUCUUUGACCAGCUUAAGUCUGAUCCCGAGCUUGGUGGGACCUAUUAUCCUUUGGAGGGGAUGACCAAAGAAGUUCAAACCCAGUUGAUCAAGGAUCAUUUCCUGUUCAAAGAAGGAGAUCGCUUUUUGCAAGCCGCGAAUGCUUGUCGUUACUGGCCAACGGGACGUGGUAUUUACCAUAAUGACAAGAAGGCUAAUCUAACAAAAUUUUUAUUUAAUUUUACUUAA